GCCACACUGCUGUUUUUUCUAAAAUUUAACUUUACCGGAAGAUUCAGUAGAAAAUAUAGAAUUUAUCAACUAAAAUGAGCCAGAAAGUAAUCAAGUACUUCGGCCGCACCACGGACUUUCGCGGCAACACACUCUGGGAGUUGGUCUCCGAGCUGCCCAACUGGGGAGUGGGUCGCAUGCUCAUACGUAACAUGUUCCAGCGCUACCCGGAGCCCUGCUACAUGCGGAUUCUAAAAGUACAGGCCGUUGACGAACAGCCGGGAGAGGAGCGAAAGGUACGAGUCACCGUGGAGAAAACCUGGCGCGGAGUAACCCAACCCAAACCAGUGGAGAUCUACAGCACCAGCUACAAAGCUGACUACGAGCUAGUCCCACAAGACGAAGAGGCGAAGUACCUUAACAACAACAAGAAAGUGGAGGAGGUAGUACUUCCUACCUUGAUCGAUCUGCCACCUCUGUUGCGGGAGUUUGUUACCGAGGAAACAGGCAAUUCCAAUCCCCAGAUGAAGGUGCACUUUAAGAGAACCCACAAUAAACUGGCGCGACUAGCGAAAGACGGUGAGAAACCCUCAGUAAGUUUUGGAGUGGGUCUUGGACAACCGAAACCCGUUAGCGCCAAGCUGUACGAGGGAUUGCUGUGAUCCCUUAAGUUGUUAAAAUAUUAAAUAAAUUUAUUAUACAUUUAACCUUAA